GUGAAAGUGCCACCACACGCCGCGCGCCGUAACAACGUUAUGUCAUAAGCAGCCCAACAACGCUCAGUCGCUCUCCGACUGUGCGGUCGCGCGCGCACCUUUGACACGAAAACGACAAAAUAAAUCGUGCAUUCGAAAUUCAAGACAAGCAUGUGCAGUGAAUUAAAAAUAUAAAUUAAUAAUGUCUCGCUUCGUGUUAAUUAUUUUAGUUAUAAGUGCGACUUACACUAUAGGUGCUGAUCCCGGCGAGAAAGAAAGCGCCCGCGAGGAAAAAUUGCGAAGUGCCUUGAUCGAUGCUUUUCAAAAUAUUAAAAAAGCUUCAUCCAAAGGUGGGCUCGACGAUGACCUGUCUUCAGACCUGCUCGGAUCCAUGAUACCGUUGCCUAAUACCAGUAAGAAUGAAAAAUUCACAACGGAGGAUUCCUUCGAUCUGUUUGCGGACGACGAUGGUCUAACAUUCGCUGAGGCUUUCGGUAACGUCGAGACCGAGAGACGGAUGUCGACCACUGAGAAGUCUCACAAUGUUCAACACAUAGUGAAAACUACGAAGCCAGUCGAUAAAACGACAUCGAAACCGACCAACGAUGUAUUAGGCAAACUGACCGACUCCAUACGAAAUACAGUAAACGAACCGAGAAUACAAAUUGGGGUGAUUUCUAACGAGACGCAUCUGAUGGGUCUGGAAAGUAUGCUGCGGGUGAUGGACGCACAGAUCCUAGUGGAACAGUGGGGGAGCCUGCAGAAGGUUAUUAAAGGACAUUGCAAAGAAGAUUUGCAGGAAUAUAUCGAGGGGUUGCAGGAAAAUAUGCUCUGGGCAUUAAAAAUGGAAGACGCGAGCGGACGCUACACGUCUAUGUUCUACUGGGGUAAUAACUACUGGACCGGCUCCGCGGAACUGUGCAGCAUCCUCAACGAUCAGCACACCCCUUCCAAAAAUCACAACCGCAGCGUAGAUUCACAAAUCUUCAGCGAGUGGCGUCAGGAUGUGUCCGUGACAGGAUUUGGACCGCCCUUCGAAACCGCUUUCUACAACGUCCGCAUGUCUGUUUCUACCAACUUGACUGAUAUUGUCAAAACUCGACGUACCCUUCAUCUUGGUCUAUGUCUACCACGAGCAUGCUCUCGCGAACAAGUAGGAGAUUUAGUGAAUGCUGUGCAUGCUCCGCUUCUAAAUCACAAGGUGGUCACGGUACGCUCACCACAGCACGGCGGCUACUCCUACAUUGAGGACCCUACCUUCCAAAUACUUUUGGGUGUAUCAUGCUUAGUGGGUCUACUUCUCAUAGCAGGGACGGCUUACGACAUGAAAAUCGCUCGGGAAGUGCGUGCGCGCCGAUGUCGUGCUGUGAACAUGGUAUCCGCUGAAAAUGGUGCCUCUGACUUAAGGCUGGGCUUAAACGGACUCGACUCUAUCACUGUUGCAAAAGGAAAAUCAAUGUACAGCGUCAAUAACAACAUUGCAAUAAAUAGCAAUAAUUCCGAGGAGAGACUGACCGCCGAGACAUCGUCCACAACUGAAGAAGAACUGAAGCUAAGCGUCUGGUCGGAACUUCUGCUGUCGUUCUCGAUGAAGGCUAAUAUCUUACAAAUCCUCGACCAGUCAGUCGGAUCAGAUACAGUGCCUGUAGUUCACGGUUUGCGCUCCUUGUCUAUGGUCUGGAUUAUCUUUGGACACACGUGUAUUGUUGUUUUUAAGUACGCUGAUAACACAGCUCUGAGAGCGAUUUUGGAAAAGAGCUUCUGGUUUCAACUGAUCAUUAGCGCUGUUUACAGCGUGGAUACAUUCUUCUGCCUUGGUGGUAUACUGGUAUCGUUCCUGUACUUCCGAACGAACGCGAAGGGCAAGCUGGACCGCCUCACGAAGGGCCGCCAUAAGCUGACCGCCGGCGUGCUGCAGUUCUUCGGACUCAUCGGAUAUAGAUUCGCCAGAUUAACCGCGCCGUAUCUCUUCAUGCUGGGCGUGGUGGAGGUGACGAUGAAGUGGUUCGCGAACAACGCCGUGUUCGAGCAGCCGGCGAACGAUCACGAAACCUGCCCACAGUACUGGUGGAGGAACUUGCUUUACAUCAAUACUCUUUUCCCAGUCGAGCAAAUGUGCAUGCUGUGGAGUUGGUACUUGUCAGACGACACGCAGUUCUACGCUGUGAGCGCUAUACUGCUAAUCCUCGCUACAAGUCAGUUCAAGCUGUCAGUGAUAUUGACGGGCCUGUUCUUCCUGUCGUCCCUCAUCACCACGGGCUUCGUCUCGUACAGCAGCCAGCACAUACCGAACAGCGAAGACCCCUUCACGCAGUUCGACAAGAUAUACGACAAGCCAUGGACUAGACUCGGACCCUACCUGGUGGGGAUGGCCACAGGAUGGAUAUUGUUUAAAACUAAUUUGAAGAUCAACAUGGGCAGGAUAUGGGCGUCAGUCGGCUGGACGGUGUGCACUUUGACGCUGCUGUUCUUGAUCUUCGGCCUGUAUCGCACGGAGCUGGAUGUGACGUCGGCGGCCAUCUACAGCGCACUCUCACAUUCGCUGUGGGCUGCCUGCGUCGGCUGGGUCAUCAUCGCUUGCUCCACCGGACACGGAGGCUGGGUGCGGCCGCUGCUGUCGGCGCCGGUGCUGUACCCGUUCUCGCGCGUGACGUACUGCGCCUACCUCGUGCACCCCGUCGUGCUGCGCUACGUCGCCAUGCAUCUCACGCACCCCAUACACUUGGGGGAGCUGCUUGUGUUUGUACUCUUCCUGGGUCUGACUGUGAUAUCAUACUUCCUGGCGUUUGUCAUCUCUGUGGCGUUCGAGGCUCCAAUCGUCACUAUGCUCAAGAUAUUAUCGCCGCAGAAGAAACCCCACCGAGUGUGAUCACAAAUUAAAUAUAACGUUUUAAAUUAAUAAAUUACUUUUACAACGUAAAAGUAUUACAGUUACAAGGUUGCGUGUAAUGUAAGGAAUUGUUAUUUAAAUAUGGAAUUUAAAAGCUUUAAAUCUUUUAGAGCUACUUUUUAUUAUAAAAAAAUAAACCUCACUUAAAUCAUGAUAAUUAAUAUGACUACAUAAUAUGUCAAAUGGAAUUAAUCUCUUAUUUUUACUAAAAAUGUUUUUAUAAAUUGAAAUCCUUAUUCAAUUGUGUUAUCCUGAUUCUAAUCCAAAUAUGAAAUGAAAUAUUCUUGUCUUAUAGUUUAAUAUGUAGCUGAUUGAUAAGCUAAUUACUUUA